CCCGUGUGAUCCCCUCUCCAGAUCGAUGUCUGCCCCGGUCGUAACCCCCACGGCUCACCGCACGAAACCGCCGCGAGAUCUUGGAGCUCGGCCUCUGUUGAUGGCUACGACUACCUCGCCAACCUCCGCGAGCUCUGUCCCCCUCCCUCUCCUCCACCGGCGGCGGGGGAUCCUCGGCCAUGUUCCUCCCGAGGCGCCGGCCCACGCGCUUCAGCCUCCACGUGGUCAUCAAGUUCAACAUCGCAAACCCGACCAUUAGGUGCCAGAAGAAGCUCGAGAUCGAUGACAAUAAGAAUCUGCAAAGAAAGAUCCCAUUAAUGAGCCUUACAAUGUCGGUGAUGAUUAUAAUAGUGACACUGAUGAAGAUUCAAAGUAUGACGAGGAGGAAGAACUUACAUCUUCUUUUUCUGCUAGAGGGAAUCAAUCACAUGAAUUGGCACCGAGAAAUGGAGAUGUUGAUAUUUGUAAAGGAUGUGCAAUCUGCAAUGAUCAACGCCUAGGACGCUGCCUUAUAUACAUGGUGUACCUGGUACUAGCAAGGUAACAAACUAACUUUUCUUGCUACAUUUAUGGUUUUAUCUCAUCUGCUGUGGUCAAACAUUAAGCCAUUUUUCUGCAUUUAUUUUUGUCGAUCAACAGACUAUGAAUGUACUUGCUGCUAUAAGGAGGCUGAGAUCUGGAUUAAAUUCUAGAACACUGACACCAUAUUGUUUUAUUGAAAUUAAUGGUCUUAAAUUAGCAUCUCCAGGGAAUAUCUAACAGGUACUUCUGCUUGGUGGCAUAAUGAUAAAUAAUUUUAU